GUUUGUGAUCUUAGAUUUAUACUCUUCAAAAAUUAAUAAUAAUCAUGAUUGCAAAGAUUAGGGUUCUUUUCUGUGUACUUGCUAUUUAUCAAGUUAACUCAGCACCUGCUGUAGGACCUGAGUUUGAUGGAUCAUUCCAACGACAAUAUUUACCUUACAUCCAAGCGACUGACGCUGCCGGUACAAAAACGAUAUUAACACCUCAAAAUUUACUUGAUUUGAGUACAAGAUUGCAAUCCGAAGGCUCACCAUCUACGACAACAUAUGAAAUCAUUGGCAUUAAUGGAUUUUCUCGUAUUCUAUCUGACCAUCAUUUGGAUCGCUUAGCAAAUCGUGAAGUAAUGGCUAUUGUAGACACGAAGAAUAUGAAUCAACCUGGCUUCGGACAUUUGUUCGUGACGGUUGACAAUGAGGGAACGUUGAAAACUUUUAUUUACAACAUAAAUCUGAGUGACGCCUUCGAAAAAGUGGAUGCAGAUGGAGGCUAUCCGCAUUCAUCAUCCGAGAGUUCUUAUCACCAUGGUCCACCGUCGUCUGCCCAUACGACCGUUGUUUCAAUUUAAAAUAAAUUAACAACGUUACAAAUCAAUAAACUAGUGCUAAAUUGAACACUUUUUAAAAUAUCUUAUAAUUGAAAAAAAUAUUUAAUUUAUUGGAUGUUAUAAAAUGAUGCUAAUAAAUAAAAAAUUUUUUUAAUUU